AUGGAGCUACGUGUUGGGACUAAAUACAGAGUUGGUCGGAAAAUCGGAAGUGGGUCAUUUGGGGAAAUUUACUUAGGUACCAAUACCCAGACAAAUGAAGAAGUCGCAAUAAAAUUAGAAAAUAUUCAUACAAGGCAUCCACAAUUAUUAUACGAGUCAAGACUAUAUCGGAUUUUCCAAGGUGGUCCAGGAAUUCCAAAUAUUCAUUGGCAAGGUGUAGAAGGAGAUUAUAAUGUGAUUGUCAUUGAUUUAUUAGGACCUUCCCUUGAAGAUUUAUUGAAAUAUUGCGGUGGAGCUUUGUCUUUGAAAACAGUGUCUAUGCUUGCAGAACAGAUGAUUUCUAGAGUAGAGUAUCUGCAUGGGAAAAAAUUUUUGCAUAGAGAUAUUAAGCCUGACAAUUUUUUAAUUGGGCUGGAUAAAAGGGCAAAUCAAGUAUACUAUGGGGUAUUAAAAUGAUGGUAAUUUUAUAUAAAAAUAUGCUUAUUUUUUUUAAAAAAUAGGUAUAAAAUAUUGAAAAAUAGUUCGAAAAUAAAUUUUUUAAAAAUAUAUUUAUUAUUGAUUUUGGAUUAAGUAAAAAAUAUUGGGAUAGCAAAACAAAUAGCCACAUAGCUUAUAAAGAAGGAAAAAGCCUUACAGGUACUGCAAGAUAUGCAUCAAUUUACACCCAUUUAGGCUUUGAGCAGUCAAGAAGAGAUGAUUUAGAAGGUUUAGCAUAUGUCCUUAUAUAUUUGCUAAAAGGUGCUUUGCCUUGGCAGGGAUUGCAAGGAAAUAACAAAAGAGAGAAAUAUCAGAAUAUUAUGGAAAGGAAAAUGAGCACGCCUGUAGAAGCUCUUUGCGCUCCGUUCCCGUCUGAAAUUUCGGCAUGUUUGAGCUAUUGCAAAUCAUUGAAAUUUGACGAAAAACCAGAUUACAAUUAUUCAAAAAGGCUUUUCCGAGAUAUCAUGGCAAGGGAAAAUUUUCAAGCUGACUUUGUAUACGACUGAGUGAUCCUAAAAAGAGCACGGGAUAACAAUAGAAAUCACAAUCGAUCUAGAGAAAUAAAAGCCUCACCACAGAAAAAUAACGAAAGCAGAGAAGAAACAAAAAAAAUCAGUCCAAUACAAAAAAAAGAAAAUUCAACGUCAAGAAUUAUUAAUUUAGCUUCGCAGAACCGAAAUAAUAAUAGAUAA